AUGCAAAGUCUACUGGCUCUCCUGGGCUUCGCGUUGACUGUAGCAACGCUGCUCUACAUGGGGCAGGGGCCAGAUCCACCGGCGCGCCUGGCAGAGCUUCUUAGUGGACUCCCUUCAAGAGACGACUCGCGCUGCGACGUGGCGAAUCUUGAAUUGCUUCGCCGCGCUGCAAUCGUUUAUACAUGGGUGAAUGGCACUGAGAGUUGCUACAACAAACGCCGAGAGCGUGCGGGUCUUCCGCAUGGUGGAACCUCACGAGAUAAAGAGAUGGGUGAGCUCAAGUACUCGCUGCGUUCGCUUCUCAAGUUUGCGCCGUGGCUCGAAGGCCCGAUCUACAUCGUCACGCCAGGCCAGAUCCCGGAUUGGUUAGAUAUGUCCAACCCUCGGGUACGAGUCGUAGACCAAGAUGACCUUUUGCCCAAAGACAAGGCCACGAUUCCGACCUACAACACCAACAUUAUCGAGCAGUAUUUACACAAGAUUCCAGGGCUCACAGAUAUUUUUAUACACAUGAACGACGAUUAUCUAUUCAUCAAGCCCGUGGCACCCGAUCGAUUGUUUACGUGCGAUGGUGGCAUACGAAUGCUCACGGAAAUCAACCACAUUCGCCACGUACCAAGUCAGAAGUCCAAUGCCUGGUUGGCCAGUGUCCGCAAUACCGUUCAGCUUACUGACAAAACUUACGGCGGACAACACGUUUACAAUUUCCUCAAGCACGCGCCAUUUGUAUACAGUCGACUGGCUUUUGAAGAAAUUCACAAAAAGUUUUCUAAAGAGUUAGAUGCUAUGCUGCCACACCAGACACGCCACACGGACGAUCUUAACAUGCCGUUACUACACCAUAUUUACAUGCAAGAAGAAGGGUCGAAAAAGCUUGGAAUUCCAGUAGAACUGAACCCGCUUAGUGAGUGCAACGACUGGCUGCUGGUUCGAGUGAAAGACAAAAGUGAGGAUUCACUCAACAAACAAUUCAAGCUUGCGUUAGAGAACCAGGGCCCUGAAAUUUUGCUGGCAUUAAACGACGAGUACUCUAGCCCAAAGACUGCUGAGCUCGUUGGCCGUUUCUACGCUCAAUUGCUGCCAGACCCCACCAUUUUUGAGCUUCCUGAAGGCCAACAUCUGAGUAUAGUGAGCAACUGGCACGGUCCGAAUUGUUUGUUUGACCCCGAUGUGAUUCCGUUGCCCGAGCCCAACCAUGAUGCAUCAAGAUGGGCGCCUUCUCCAGCAGUGGUUCACUUUCGCUCUCAUAGCGAACGCGCUUUUGCCGAGAUGAUGCCGUCGUUCGGGUGGAUCCUGGCCUCGAACAUUGGCUUCGUCUUAGGCUUGUCAGUCGCCGUCAUCAUAUCUGUCUACAUUUUUCGAUUUACCACCAAGCGCACCCUUGGUCUACAUAUGUCUAAACAAACAUAA